GUCCAUAUGGACGAACGAUGAAACAAAACAUCCAAACGCCCAUUCCCUCUCUUUUAUUCUCUCUCCUUACUUUCCCUGAUACUCUGACCGAAAGUAUUGAACCCGUGUGUGUUCUUUCCAUCCUUCUAGUUGCUUUAAAAGGUUUUUUCUGUGUUGGCCCUUGGCCGCCGGUUGUUUACUGCUGCCUCUCGUGUUUCACUGCAUAUUGUUACAUCUGUCGCAGACGCACAGAGACAGAAAGGGAGAGAGAGAGAGAGACGACCCAUUUGGCGGUUACUGUUUGAUCCUGUAACAGAAGGUGUGUGACUGAUGCUCGAGGCCUUUUCAUGUACAGACGUAGUUUUCCAGUAAAAAGGAAUGGUUGUUACUGGCGGAAAUCAUCUGGAAGAUGGGGAGAAGAACCGGCGCAGCAUUUCAAGAGGAGGGACUACGAAGUCUUGGGGAACCAGUGUUUCUGGUCAAUCGGUCUCCACCAGUGGAAGUGCGGGAUCUCCAUCUAACCGGAGUGAGCAGGCUAUGGCCACCACCGCCAGUGAGAACACUUUUAUCAGAUUGAAUCAUCUCGAUCUUCGUGAGGAUGACGCUGGAUCUCAAGGCGGCGUUGUUGGGAAGAAAAGGAAGAGAGGUCAAAGGGCGGUUGGUGCCGACAAGAGUGGUCGUGGACUCCGCCAAUUCAGCAUGAAAGUCUGUGAGAAAGUCGAAAACAAGGGUAGAACCACCUACAAUGAGGUGGCAGACGAACUUGUGGCUGAAUUUUCUGAUCCUACCAAUAGUCUUGCAUCUCCAGACCAGCAACAAUACGAUGAGAAAAAUAUACGCCGUAGGGUAUAUGAUGCCCUGAAUGUUCUUAUGGCUAUGGAUAUUAUUUCUAAGGAUAAGGGCAAAAAAGAAAUACAGUGGAAAGGUCUGUCUCGCACUAGCCUGAAUGAUAUUGAAGAGUUAAAGGGAGAACGUAUUGGACUGAGAAACAGGAUUGAAAGGAAAGCUGCCUAUUUGCAAGAACUAGAAGAACAAUUCGUAGGUCUUCAGAAUUUGAUACAGCGGAAUGAGCAACUAUAUGGCUCAGGAAAUGCACCUGUAGGCAGUGUGGCUUUACCUUUUAUUCUUGUUCAGACACGACCUCAUGCAACUGUUGAGGUGGAAAUAUCAGAAGACAUGCAACUGGUGCAGUUUGACUUCAAUAGCACUCCUUUUGAGCUACAUGAUGACAAUUAUGUUCUCAAGGCAAUGAGGAUUUGUGAAAGACCUCAGGGAGAUGGUGGUGCCAAUGAUUCUAAUGCAAAUGGAGCAGAGGGUUCCAGCAUGCUUGGUAUGUAUCAAUCACGCAUACCUAAUCCUUCAAGGUCAAAUGCUGUGGGUAGGCCGCCUUCUCCUCUUCCAGGAAUACUAAAAGCACGUGUCAAGCAUGAACAUUAAUGUCUUCUGAGGUUUAUUGCCAUGCUAUGAGCAUUGCUUCUUUUCUUUAUUCUGUAUAGUAUGUGAAGUAAUUGGCCAAAAAGGGUGGACCACCCAUGGUCCAUCCUGCCUCGGUAAAUUGCUAACCAGUUGAAAGUGUUGAAGAAACAAGCAAACCAUUCCCAUUCUUCAAAACUUUCGGAAGGUUCUUGCCAGGCGAUGGUGGGGGUAAGGAACCUAUGAUUCACUUAAAUGUAAUUUUUUGUCAUGAAUUUUCAUAUUUUUUUUUUCCCGUUAUUUUAUUUCUUUUCCUGAUGUAAUAGUACGGGUCGACAAGCUCUGUCCACCUACCAAUUCUUUACUUGCCACCUCUCACUGCAUUGUCUGCCUUUUUCAGGUAGGAUGCAUUAGUAGUGCUCUCUAGAUCGCAUAAUCGAUUUGAUAGUUCAUGCUUUUAGAGAAUUUACA